AUGGCACACGCGAGGCUGCUGGCGACGACGCGCGUGAGCCGCGUGCUUCUCCGUGCCGUGCUGCUGGCGCUGUGGCUUUUCCUGGCCCAGCAGCAGUGGGACCUGUACCGCCAGGAGACGGUCUCCAACAUCAGGAAAGAGGAGCACAUGCAGUUCCCAAGCUUCACUGUGUGCCCCCGCUCGCCGGCCAACAAGUCGAUGCUUCGUGGCCGCGGCCCGUUCCCCUGGUCGGGCUUCGACGCGGCGACCGAUGGCCCACCAGAUCAGUGGUACAGCCAGCUCUCCAUGCCGCUCACGGCCGUCAUCGACGACUGCCAGAUGCGGUGGGGCAACUGCACGCCGCACCUGGACGCCACCAUCGACGCGCCGGUGCUCACCGAAUCCGGCACGUGGCACGUGCACGUGACGCCGCAGGGCCUGUGCUACACGUUCCGCCACACAGCGAAGCGCUCCGAGAAUAUCCUGCAACUGCGCUUCGGCGAAUUCGACCGCAACUUCAUGAUCGGGCGGAAAGGCAUGUACCGGGUGGAGGUGCACGGAGACUUGGCGCCGAUGUACGCGCAGCGCGUGAAGCAGCCCACCGCCACUCCCAUCAUCAAGAUCAAUGUACCUGGCCACAAACUAACGUUCAGGGUGACCGUCAACCGCCGCAGGACUCUUAACCUGCGGAGACGGCCCUGCUCCUCACAGUCCCGUCGACAGUGCCUGCUUGAUUGCGUCUGGAGUCGGAUGGCGCACGAAGCGGGAUGCAGGGCACCCUGGAUGACACCAGAGGCGGUGAUCGGCCUGCCACCUUGCGGGAACAAGACGCAACUGGAGUGGGCGGCUCUCCGUCCCCCAAGAGUCAACUUGACGAUAUGCACUUGCCCGUCACCCUGUAUUCAGGACAAGAUGGAUGCCGAGAGUUACAAUGAGCGGGACGAGAGCAGCAAUGUUACCAAACCAUCUGUCACAUUCUUCUUCGAUCCUCUGAAAGAUGUUCUGGUGGAGCAGCCGUCUUUCACGCUUCUGGACCUGCUGCCAGCCAUGGGCGGCAACAUGGGUUUGCUGCUCGGCUACUCAGCGCUGAGCACGGUGCAAAGUCUGAUUGCGGGUGUCGUCUGGCUGAAGGCUCGCUUGUUGCGAUCACGCGCGGGAAAGCGAAGCACGGUUCCAUGGAAGCACCCGGCCACUGACAGCACACUGCGCGAAGAAGCUAAGUCCGCCUGGAGAGUGCCGGCCGGUAAAUAUUAGCAGAUGACACCGAGUCAGGACGGUGGUUAUCUUGGAGACGUAUCUCACUUCACCACGAAGGUGCGCCAGGGUGGUUCUGGCUAUUUUUGACACUUCGUAUGCAUUUGCCAGAUCAUUUGCCGGGCGGCAAAUCCCUGCAGCAAGCGGCAUAUCAAGACGCAGGCGGGUUAUCACUUCAGAGGAAUUUGUGUGACGCAGGUCCCGAAAGUAAAUUGUUCAAAAAAUGUUAGCACUAAGAAUGUAAGCACUCGUAAUGUCUCCGUCAAUCAUAUCUAACCAUCGUUUUCACCAUGGGAGCCGGUCUGAUUGCAUGUGCUGUUAUGCGUGCAUCCACAACCUUUUAGCGCGCUUUGCACCUUGUGACGAAUGCCGUCAUUUUCAGCUUGAAGCUGGCGGUGGUGCUAAUACUACACCUGUUUGCAGCACGUCUGUAAUAUACUCAU